CAGCCCGCGCCGCCGGCCCAGCCUCGCGCAAACGCAUCGUCGACUCCCAUCCCAUUCAGCUGACCUGCCGCAUCAUUGCCCGCCCGCGCUUGAUGCGCAUCUCUCAAUAUGCGGUAAACACGACAGCCCCAAGCGCACUUCAGCAAUCCGGACACCAAGUGGCUCGGUCGCACGACCAAUCCUCCUUCAGUUUGCACGUCUAUAAUGCCGUCCCGUCCUCGACGCCUGUAGGGCCGUAGCUACCCAGACACCAGCAUGACCACCUCCGCCGGCCCCUCGACACACGAUGCUCCCGUCCACAAUGGCGGCUCUCGCCCCAAGGACCCGUCGCCCAAGGCACCCUUCGCACGCUCGCCUUCCUUCCCCCAAGUCCCGCACAGCUUCAGCAAUUCCCCCUCGCGCAACAGUCCCACCUCGAAUCCCACCCAGUGGGACGCCGACGUCCGCGCCACCGCCUCCCUCUCGUUGCAGACCACCCCGGAAGGCCUCCAGCCCGUCCGCUACCCUUCCUCCUUCCCGUCGACCUUCUCCCCUCUCCCGGACCCGGCAGUGUCUCAGCCCACGUCGGCGCCCAGCGCCAUGGCUGAAGCCGUCGCCCUCAGCAAGAGCCCGGGCCUCAUACGUCGCAUUUCGCGCGGCGCUCACAGCAGGCUGACGCGCCAGCGCGGAAACAACUCCAGCGCUAGGCGGGACCACAGCGCUGGCCCUGUGAUUAUGAGGAGGAGGAGCGACAGCAGGGCUGCCGACGCGCAGAGCGAUGUCUCGGAUCUGGAUCUCGGCGGGAAAGGGCCGUGGGGUGGUGAUGAAGAGGCCAUCGAGGACUAUGACGCGACGACUUCCCAGGAGAGCAUCCUCAGCGGCAUCAACGGACUGGGGAUCAGCACCGCUGGCCGGUCGAACGCUCCUUCGUCGACGAGCUCUGAGGGUGGCGUGGGCCCCAUCCGCUCUUCUCUCCUUGAAAAGGGCACCUUCCUUACCAAAGUCACGAAGAAGAAGAAACAACUUAUGAAAUUCCGCCUCGAUUUCGACUCAGCAAAAGUAUGCUGGGAUCCCUCGAGGCCCUCAAAAUCAUUUUACGUCGAUGACGUUCGGGAAAUCCGCGUGGGGUCGGAAGCUAGGAACUACCGGGAAGAGUUCAAUGUCCCUCUCGAUCAGGAAGAUCGAUUCUUCACGAUCCUUUACGCGGAUCCCGAUCAAUCAAAAGGCAGGUCCUUCAAGACCAUGCAUCUCAUCGCUCCGAACCACUGCAUUUUCAAUCUCUGGACGAGCACGUUGGAGUCUGUGUCCAGAAGCCGCAUUGAGAUGAUGGCGGGACUUGCUGGCACGGGCGAAAAGACCGCCAAGACCCUGUGGCGGCGGACCUUUGAACGCCAGAAUCUCCCCGAAGAUGAGGAGAGGCUUGAUUUCCCAAACACGGUCAAAAUCUGCCGGAGCCUGCAGAUCAACAGUUCUGAGGCGGCAUUACGCGCUCAAUUUGACAAGGCUGGCGAACAUUCGGGCUAUCUGCGGUAUGGCCAAUUUCUCAACUUCGUACGCCGGUUGAAGGAAAGGCGCGAUAUCAAGCCGAUUUACGACUCUAUCAAGGGUGUGAACGCGGAUUUGGACAUGACCAGCUUUUUCAAGUUUUUACGGGAAAGGCAAGGCAUUGAUGUGACCGCAGACCUCGACCACUGGGUUAGCGUAUUUGAGAAAUUCGCGCGGACGUCGAGGAACAAAAACCUCGCGUACCCUUCGAGCUGUGAGACCUUGGUGCCGGCUACCAUGUCAUUCCAGGGUUUCCAGUCGUUUCUCACCUCCCCUGCGAAUCACGUCUUGGCUGUGAGCAAGUCUGAACCUUGUCUCCUCAACCGCCCGCUCAACGAAUACUUCAUCUCAAGCUCUCACAACACUUAUCUCCUAGGUCGUCAAGUCGCCGGUCACUCUAGCACCGAGGCGUACAUUGUCGCCUUGCAAAAGGGGUGUCGCUGCAUUGAGAUCGAUUGUUGGGACGGCAGCGAUGGCCGCCCCAUUGUCGUGCACGGCCGAACGCUGACCACCAGUGUGCUCUUUUCCGACUGCAUUUCCGUGAUCGCCAAAUACGCUUUCGUGUCUUCGCCGUACCCUCUCAUUAUUUCGUUGGAAGUCCACUGCAACCCAGAGCAGCAAGCUAUGAUGACCGAGAUCAUGAAACACCAUUUUGGCGAGCAACUCAUCAGAGAGCCGUUGGUGAACAACUCUCAAGUCCUUCCCUCGCCUGAGGAGUUGAGGAACAAGAUCCUGAUCAAGGUCAAGUCUUCUGAAGAAUCGGACGAAAAGGCCGUGGUCGGCGAGUCUUACACCACGACCCGGCCCCGUCAGAGAAGCUUCGGCUCUCCCUUCUCCAGACCUAUCACCAUCGACAACUCGCCCAUUCCUGACUCCCCAUUGCUCUCGACCUCGCCAUCAAUGAGCCCUCCCGAACGCGCCGGCACAUUUUGGUCGACCCCGCGAACCUCCACGACGUCAACCGGCGCGAGCUUCCACAGUUCCGCCGAAGACAGCGACAGCCCUCCUGCAAUAUCAGUGGACAAGAAGAGGAAGAAGAACAGCAAGAUUACCAAAGUGCUUGGCGAGCUCGGCGUUUAUACCCGUGGCAUCAAGUUCUCUGACUUUAGGUCCUCCGAAGCUAAGACGUACAAUCACGUUUACUCUUUCGCCGAGCGCACGUUUGACAGGCUCGACAACAGUGAUGCUUGCAGCAGAGACAUGCUCGAGGAACACAACCUGCGCUGUCUGAUGCGCGUCUACCCUUCGGGCUAUAGGAUCAACUCGUCCAAUUUCGACCCGAUCAAGUUCUGGCGACGCGGCGUACAGAUGGCGGCGCUGAACUGGCAGACGUACGAUCUCGGUCAGCAGAUCAACGACGCCAUGUUUGCUGCAGGCACUGAUCGAACCGGUUAUGUCCUCAAGCCCCGGGAAUUGCGGGAGCCAAAGCACCGAGACAUCAUCCUUGACGGCUUACGCAGGAAGCAGAAGAAGUUGGUCAAGUUCUCCGUUGAGAUCAUCUCGGCACAGCAACUUCCCAGGCCUAGCGGUAUGCGCUCGGACGCAACAAUCAACCCAUACGUCGAGUUUGAAAUGUACAGCGCAAACGACAGGGCUCGUGGCGCUGCCAUUGGCGAAGGCGGAAUGGACGCAUCAGCACGGAAUGGUGUCUCGGGCAUCGGCGCACCCUUACGCAAGCGUACACAAAUCAUCGAAGGCAACGGCUACGACCCGAACUUCAAUGCGCCUAUUAACAUGACGCUUGAGACCCGGUAUCCCGACCUGGUCUUCGUCCGGUGGACCGUGUUCAACUCGACCGACGGCAAGAGCAUCAACAACUCUAACGUGCCACUGGCUACCUUUACUGCCAAACUCAGCAGCCUGCAGCAGGGGUACCGCCACCUCCCGUUGUACAACACCAAUGGCGAGGAAUACUUGUUCAGCACCCUGUUCUGCAAGAUCAAACUUGAGGAUCACGUGGGAAUCGAGGAGAACAUGCAAAUACACCACAUUCCGUCGACGGACCCAUCGAGCCCGUCGCAGGAGGCCCGGCCACUGGGCAAAGGCGACUUCCUCAAGCGUGUCUUCAGCCGUACACCGUCGGAGCGCAAGCGCCGCGAGAAGGAGAAGGAGGCCCGCGAACGUGACUAUGGUGACGCGGUAGGCCACUUUAGUCGGAGCUCUACCUUUGACAAGUAGGACGCCUAUCUCCUCAUCUCCACAUGACCCUUAAUGUAACACCACCACCACCACACCAUUAUCAUUACGGCCGUUGUCGUCACUACCAUCAUCAUUCACCUUUGUUUGUCACACAGACAAACCCAUCAAAAAUCAAUUGGCGUUCAGGGUACAUCUCCUCGUCCCGUCACGAAACCGGGAAAGCGAGGAAGCAUGAAAUAGGGGCAAACGGGUUCUCCAUAACUGCUUGUUU